UUUCAGCAUUAAUGCAAAUUUCUUUUGUUCAUGCAUGGCCACUAGAGGGACGGUUACGUUACCACCACGCAGCUAGGCUAGAAAAUGGCAACGUCUUUGCAACAGCAGCAAACAAAUCCUUCACAUUUGCUUCCGUUAGAACUUGUUGAUAAAUGUAUUGGUUCAAGAAUUCACAUCAUCAUGAAAAGUGACAAAGAGAUAGUUGGAACCCUGCUAGGUUUUGAUGACUUUGUCAAUAUGGUACUAGAAGAUGUUGUAGAGUUUGAGAACACUGCUGAAGGUAGAAGAGUCACUAAAUUAGAUCAGAUCUUAUUAAAUGGCAAUAACAUCACAAUGCUUGUUCCAGGUAGUGAAGGCCCAGAAUAAAGAGUCGAAAAAUGUAUUGUAACUUCAUCGAAUCAUGAAGCUUCCUGUAUUUUCAAGUACCUGUAUCCACUGCUAUUUGCUGCUACCUCAUAUAUCCUGUUUCGAUAUUUACCAAAAUAAUGUCCUCUUUUUUAAAGAUAGAAAGGAAUAACUAUAAAAUUUUCUUUGAAUUUUAAAAUGUGUCAUGUGGUUUACUUAAAGCUAAAUGGUAACAAACAAAUUCUAGUAAAUAAUUUGACAUUUUUUUAAAACAGUAAAUACUCCUUUUGAAAUCGUCAUAAAGGGAAGUAAUAAUAAUAAUUAUAGUGUAGUUUUGUAUAGCGCACAUAUCCAUCUAAUGUAAGAUGCCCAGGGUGCUUGAUAUGUGGACUAAGAACUCGAUCAAUGACUUUCUUCGCCCCUAAGUGUCCCUUCGUGUGUGUGCUACCCGGUAACCCGGUAUCAGCAACUCUCGUCAUCGACCACAUGGGCUGUCUGUUCCAGUACACCGGGGUAUCCCCCUACUCAUCUCGAAAAAUGUACUGGGUUCUUCUUAGUGCACAUGAGCCAUUGUAUACACUGGGCCUACAGUUUAUAGUCCUUAUCCGAGAAGACUUGUUCUACCACCAGAACUGUAGGCGAGCGUGCCGUUCGAAACCAGCGCCGAUAUUAUGGCCAUAGCUUGCGGCGCCCCUGCUAACCGCCAUUCAACCUGUUUUCAGACGUAAAAAAUGAUGUUCGAGGUGUAAAUUUUGAAACCACACAAAAAUAUUCGUCUUCUGAAGUAAUCAUAAUGUAGGGUUUCUGCAAAAUAAUAUGUAGGACUUGUUUUUAAAAGAAACUAAAAUUUAUAUUACAACUACCAUAUAUUGAUUA